UCUGCUCAUUAACGGGCCAACACUUCAGCUGGCUGUAUCGUCACAGUCCACGAAACUAAGAACUGCCAAAGUCCACCAAGCUAAGAUCUGCGGUAUCGUUACAGUCCACCAUCUGCGGUAUCGUUACAGUCCACCAUCUGCGGUAUCGUUACAGUCCACCAAGCUAGAUCUGCAGUGUCGUUACAGUCCACCUAAGAUCUGUUUAAUCUAUCCAACGAUGUCUUUGUCCACCCUUUCAAAGAUUCGACAUUUUGCAAGUCCUUUGGCUUUAACCUCCUCCCACAAAUGGAGCCGCAGGAAUUUCGCCGUGGAGGCGUGUGAAGAGCCGCCCGGCCCCUCGGUGAAGACCCCCAUACCUGGGCCCCAGUCUCAGCAACUGAAGCGUGAACUGGACACCCUACAGAACACAGAGGCCAUCCAGUUUUUUGUUGACUACCAGAAAAGUUCCGGGAACUACAUCGUGGAUGUGGAUGGGAAUGUUAUGCUGGAUCUGUAUACACAAAUAGCCAGCAUUCCUAUAGGCUACAACCAUCCUAGGCUGGUCAACGUGCUGAAGAAUCCAGACAAUAUGAGCACAUUUGUCAAUCGACCAGCACUUGGGAUAUUUCCACCUUCAGAGUUUGUGAAAACUUUAUCGGAGUCCCUGCUGUCGGUCGCACCCCCGGACAUGCACCAGAUCCAGACAAUGGGCUGUGGCGCGUGCUCCGUGGAACAUGCUCUCAAGGCGGCCUUCAUGACCUUCAGGAGGAAAGAAAGGGGAGGUAGCCCCCCGUCUAAAGAAGAAAUGGACACUUGCUUGUUGAAUAAAGCCCCGGGGAACCCUCACAUUUCAGUUCUUUCCUUCAAAAAUGGUUUUCAUGGCCGGACGAUGGCCGCUGCUGCCCUGACCCACACCAAGUGGACCCACAGACUGGACUUCCCCAGCCCUGACUGGCCCAUAGCCUCGUUCCCACAGCUCAGGUACCCGCUGGACAGCUUUGUGCGGGAGAACAGGGCGGAGGAGGCAAGGUGUCUAGCUGAGGUCGAGGACCUAAUCAGCCAGUACCGCAAGAAAGACAACCCAGUGGCCUGCAUCGCCGUGGAGCCCAUACAAUGUGAGGGUGGGGACAACUUCGCCAGCCCACAGUUCUUUCAAGGCCUUCAAGACAUUUGUAGGAAGAACCAGAUCUCACUUUUGCUGGACGAGGUGCAGACGGGUGCUGGCACCACGGGCAAGUUCUGGGCCCACGAGUCCUUUAAUCUCAGAGAUCCACCAGACCUCGUCACCUUCUCCAAGAAGAUGUUGAGUGGGGGAUUUUACUACAGGGACCAUCUCCGGCCUACAGAGGGAUUCCGAAUCAUGAACACCUGGAUAGGCGACCCCUCCAAAGUUCUGUUACUGAAGGAAGUUCUCAACGUCAUCAGGGAGGAGAAGCUCUUGAACAGGACAGUGGACACUGGCAACUACCUGCUUAAGUUUUUACUGGACACCCAGGUGAAACACCCCAAGCUCCUGUCUAAAGCCAGAGGUCUGGGUGCUAUAGCGGCCAUUGACCUGCCCAGCGGUGAGGUGAGGGACAAAGUCCUCUACAAGCUGAGAGAAAAAGGAAUCCAUCUUGGCGCAUGCGGAGCUGCAACUCUUAGAUUGAGGCCAACCUUGACCCUGGAGAAGAAACAUGUCGAUAUAUUUGCAGACAAAUUCGAAGCCGUUUUAAAAGAAUUAUAAACAAAAUGUAUAGCUUAUAUUUCAUGUUAUUUUAUUUCUUUUUAAAUUGUCUUUAAAAUUUGAAUUAGUUAAACCAUUUGUAGGCCUACUGUCUAUUGGUUAAUAGAAUAUGUAGGUUUAUGUGACUAAAAUCAAUGUCUGGGUUGCUUCCCUUAUCCCCGAAAAUCCUUGCCACGGGAACGUUCCUAUUAGUGUGUAACUGUGUUUCAUUUUUGCAUUUAAAUUGUACGUAAAUAAAAUGUACCAACAUAAAUUGUACCACAAUAAAUUGUACCAAAAUAAA